GCGCCACCGCAGACUCAGCGUCCACAUCAUCGCCAAACCAAUCUAUCACCAUGGGUAAAGUUCACGGAUCUCUUGCCCGUGCCGGCAAGGUCAAGUCUCAGACUCCUAAAGUUGAGCCUCAGGAGAAGGCCAAGACCCCCAAGGGUCGUGCUCUCAAGCGCCACAAGUACACCCGACGAUUUGUCAACGUCACCCUGACCGGUGGCAAGCGGAAGAUGAACCCUAACCCCGGCUCAUAAACAAAUUUCAACAUGGCUAGGGAAAGAAGGAUUUGAGGAUUGACAACGGGGCCGUUCUCCGAUGGUUGUUUUAUUUCAGCAUAUAGGGAAAUGGAUUGAGUCGGGUCGAUUGGCUGGCUGAGCAUCAUCCACAAUUUGAGAGAUGCGACGAAGCGCGACGACUGUACUCGGCGUCUGGUGUCGUUUGUCAAUAUAACGAAGAUUCGUCCGCGACCACACACGUUCAGUUCAUGACAUUGCCGGUGAUGUUCUUUUUAUCCACUACGACCACAACCGUUCCAACGACCAAACUUUACGACGCCGUCAUUCCAUUUCAGUUCGUGGAGUAUUUACCAGUAUGUUAUUUUACGACACUGGCGAAACUUGUCAUAACAAGACUCUGCUUUUCUGGCCAGGAUCCGUAUCCGUUAAGUUGGCACGGAGACCGUAUUAUCUGCACCCGUAUAUCGUAGAAGUAAAUGAGACGAUGUUUAGUACCAGUCUUCCUAAGAUAGAACUCCGUUUUAGUUAAAUCAG